AUGCCUCAACAAAACUCGCAAGAUGUCCCUCUUCCUCCAACGACCACCACUUCGAAAACCAUCCAACCCCUCUAUCUCGCCCAAGCCAACGUCUUUACCUUCAACUCUCUCUCCUCCAACUCUUCAUGGACCCCCCUUCGCCCCCACGAAGUCCCAAUCUCAAUCCUCUACGACGAAAAUAGAGCAAUCUACCGCAUCAUUUCAAUGGAUUUGCAAAACUCUGCGAAAAAAGUUCUAGUCAACUCUACCCUUCUCCCCUUCCUCGAAUUUCACAAAACCUCAGCCACCUUUGGUCACUGGACGGACAAAUCGACCGGAAAAAUUUACGGGAUCGGUUUCCAAUCCCAAUUUGAACUCGAUGCGUUUGAAGAUUCUCUGAAAAAGGCGCAGUCUGGAAUUCUCACUAGAAAAACUUCCGUCAUGGAACAAUCAUCCUCCAACAAUCCAGACUGUAUCUACCCAUCCGGAACAACGUACAAAAAUUGGUCCCAAUUGCUACACCAAGUCAAGAAAACGCACGCCAAAGUUCCCAUGAUUUUAAUCCCACCGUCCGAAUCGCUCCCACAAACGCAGCGUGAUUUCUCCAGCACGGCAACGUUCACAAUUCCAAACGCGAGUACGACAACGACUUCUACCACUCCAAAAAUUCCAAGUCAACACAAUAGCGAUACUUUGACCUCACUCCUCAAAGAAAAUGACCACCUCCGCUCCGUAUCGAUCGAGUCUUGCACGAACGCCAAGAAAUGGGAGUUGCAGAUUGACACGGUCAGCUCAGAGAAUGACAUGCUUCACGCCAGGAUCACCGAGGCGAGCCACGAGCUGGAGGAAUUAACCAAACAAGAGUUCGAGUUCAAAUCUGCGCUAAUAAAAUGGCAAGAGUGUGUCAGAAAGUCGGGAAAUUUGGAGCAAAAAGUAAAGAGAUUGGAAGAAGAGGUAGCACAAUUAGGACAACUUGCCGCUGAUAGGAGCAAAGUGACUUCGGAGGACUUAAUGAAAGUGGAAACUUAUUACAAAAAUGCGUUAGAAGCGACACGGAAAAAUAUCGAGACCGUGAUGGGUGCGAAUUCAGAAGGAAAAUCCAUCUUUACGAGAAUUGAUUACCUAUUUGCUAAAGUUGUAAAGGAAAUGAUUGUCAUUCAUGAGAAGAUUGUGGGUGGAUGUGGAGAUUAA